ACCCAUAUGUUGGAGUAGCCAUGGCUCCUGGCAUGUCCAGUAUUGUUUUGUUAGCUCUAUAUGUGAUCCUGUCCCCUUGUGUAUCCGGGGACGACUGCCUGCGUUACACAGAAUGGAGCCCCUGGUUCCGUUUUCGGAGCGCCUUCUCCAGCUUUUGGAGUUCCCAGAAAUGCUUUACACAAUUUUGCUGCGGUGAAUGCUACAGCAGAUAUUGUUGUUCAGAUCCUUUCAGGAGGUUUGAUAAAGAUCAGCAAGAACAAUGUUUGAACACUGUUCGUACACUUUCUUUAACAACUGCCGUUACUGCUGUGAGCGUCUUCUUCUUAGUCCUCAUUUCAUUGUUCAUUGUCACCUGCUGCUGUGCCUGCCCUUCCUGCUGCCUGUACAAGAGGUUCCGCCAGCCAUGCUCUGUGAUAGCUACCACUACCCAAGCCACAGUGGUCACCACCACUCCUCAGCAGUACCCCCAGCAGCCGAUUGUAGUACCUGGGCCCUCUCAAUCCUAUUGGGGAAUGCCCAACCGCUCAGUACCAGCUCACCUUGGUUACCCAGCUCAGCCCAUGCCCAUGUCACAAGCAUUUACACCAGGACCACCACCAUCAUAUCAGGAAGCAAUCGAUUCUGCUUCCCCUCCACAACCGAUGCCUUACAAAUAGACGGCAUUCAGCCACGGCCAGCCAGCAUACCCUCCAAAAUCUCCAGACCAGCAGCAGUCCCAUGAACCACCUGCUAGCACUGAUGUCCUAGCUCAGCCUGCAAAUAACCCGGAUUUUGUUGCACCAGCACCCUACGCUGGAUAGUGAACAUACAUGCAUCAGUCAGAUAACAUUUUCAAACUUGGCCGAACUGGAAGCACGUACUUUGAUUUAAGAUGAGGAACUCCAGAGAAUCAUGGCUCAUGUAUUUUGGUGCCUGCACGUGGGAAUGUUGGGACAGUAAUGGUGCAUCAGUUCGGUUGAACAGUUUUCACGUGAAAAUGUUGAUAUGUGCAGUAUACAGUAUUAUAUAUAGUGAAAAAGUAUUUCCAUGCUUGCUGAUUUCUUAGUUUUUGGCAUAUUUGUCACUCAUUUUUUAAUGAUGAUUUCAU